CCACUCGCCUUCCAUUCAAGCUAAAACCAUUUAGUGCUCUUUCUCUCCUACACACACCACUCUACUCUGUCUAACAAUAGAACUAGAAUUCUAACUAAAAGUCACUGAGAGAGUAAGGAAAAAAAAUGGCAUCAAUGGAGUUAUUGCUCUACAUUGCUAGCAUCCUCUGUUUUCUUACAGCUACUCACGCCAGAAUCCCCGGGGUUUACACCGGCGGCACCUGGGAAGGUGCCCACGCCACGUUUUAUGGCGGCAGCGACGCUUCCGGAACCAUGGGUGGUGCUUGUGGGUAUGGGAAUCUGUACAGUCAAGGGUACGGAGUGAACACUGCAGCACUAAGCACAGCGCUAUUCAACAAUGGUUUGAGCUGUGGAGCCUGCUUUGAGAUAAAAUGUGCUGCGGACCAGGCACCCAAAUGGUGCAACGCCGGCAGCCCCACAAUUUUGGUAACUGCCACAAACUUCUGCCCACCAAACUUUGCUUUGCCUAAUGACAAUGGCGGAUGGUGCAACCCUCCUAGAACCCACUUCGACCUUGCCAUGCCAAUGUUCCUAAAGAUCGCUGAAUAUCGUGCCGGCAUUGUCCCUGUUAACUUCCGACGGGUACCAUGUAGAAAGCAAGGGGGGAUCAGAUUCACAAUCAAUGGUUUUCGUUACUUCAACUUGGUUUUGAUCACUAAUGUAGCGGGUGCAGGAGAUAUCGUGAGGCUUAGCAUCAAAGGUACAAACACUCAAUGGAUGCCGAUGAGUCGCAAUUGGGGACAAAACUGGCAAUCCAAUUCAGUCCUCGUGGGUCAAGCCUUGUCUUUCAGGGUCACGGCUAGUGAUCGUCGCUCGUCUACCUCAUGGAACAUUGCACCAGCCAGUUGGCAAUUUGGACAGACCUUCACUGGCAAGAAUUUCAGGGUUUAAAAUAAUUGGGAUGGAAAAUUAUUUCCUUUCGACCAAUUAAUUUACUUUCCAAGAUUUUUCCCGCCUUCGUAAUAGAAUCGGGAAUUAGUAUAGGAUUAGUUUUAAGUGUGUUUUGGGUGUUUACUUUUGGUCUUCCGUUUCUUUAGCCACUUUGGUAUGGGGUUAUUUUUCACUUUUACUUUUGUGUUUUCACUUUUGUAUUAGUGCUGGUAAAAAACGUCAAGAAAGACAGUGAUGUUGGGCUGAAGCAGCGGCUGCACGAAAAAGGAAAGCAUGUAGCCCGCAGCCCUAAUUAUGUUGUCUCAAAUUAUUACUACUAAUAAUUGUUAUAUAUGGAGUAUGUUUCUAUUGCCUUUUA